UACUUCCUCUUCCUCCUAUACAUACUCCCCCAUCCACCAUCCCCUAUCACAUACAACUCACUCCCAUUCUUCUUCUUCUUCUUCUUCUUCUUCUUCUUCUUCUCAUGGACUCAAGCUCCAUCCUCCUUUCCCCUCAAGAACUCAUCUUCUUUGACACAUCAAUCCUCCAAACCCAAUCCAAAAUCCAGAAAGAAUUCAUAUGGCCCCAAACUGAGCGUCCAUACUCUUUACAAGAUCUCCAAGCUCCAUUAAUAGACCUCCAAGGCUUCUUCUCAGGCCAUCAUGACUCCACCUACACUGCCUCUAAGCUCAUCGACACCGCGUGCCGGUCUCAUGGCUUUUUCCAAGUCAUCAAUCACGGCGUCGAUCUUUCUCUUUCUCAUCAAGCUCUCAACUUCUUGGAUGACUUCUUCUCCCUCCCUCUCAGUCUCAAGCUCCAUGCAAGCCGUAAACCAGGUACUAUGUGGGGUUAUGCCGGCGCUCACGCCGACCGCUUCUCCUCCAAGCUCCCUUGGAAAGAGACCUUGUCCUUUCCUUACCAUAACUCUACCAUCUCCAAUUCCAAUCCUGUUGUCUUAGAUUACUUCACUUCCAAUUUCGGCAAUGAUUUCAAGCAAUUUGGGUUGGUGUACCAAAAAUAUUGUGAAGAGAUGGAGAAGCUAGCACUUGCAAUAAUGGAGCUUUUGGCCAUAAGUUUAGGGGUGGAGAGGAUGUAUUUCAGAGAUUUUUUUAAAAACAGUGACUCAAUAAUGAGAUGCAACUAUUAUCCACCAUGUCAAGAGCCGGAGCUGGUUUUCGGUACCGGCCCUCACUGUGACCCAACUUCCCUUACCAUUCUCCAACAAGACCAUGUCGGCGGCCUCCAAGUCUUCGCUAACGAUCAAUGGAAAGCUGUGCCUCCUGUGCCUGAUGCUCUCGUCAUCAACAUAGGAGACACCUUCAUGGCCUUGUCUAAUGGGAAGUACAAGAGUUGUUUACAUAGAGCAGUGGUGAACCGACACCGGGCUCGGAAGUCACUGGCUUACUUUCUUUGUCCUCAAGAAGAUAAGGUGGUCCGGGCACCUCCAGUGAUCGUCGAAGGGCCAAGGAAAUACCCGGACUUCAGUUGGGCAGAGCUUAGAGAGUUCACUCAGAAACACUAUAGAGCUGAUAUGAAUACUCUUCAGAGCUUCUCUCAGUGGUUGCUCUCAUCAUCAUCAGCAUCAAUAGAACUCAGUUAAUGAUGUUUUUUGUUACUGUUUUAUUGUUCAAGUCUUUUGAUCAUUAGCUAGCAUGCUAGUGUUCUUUUGUCUUUUCAGUUUAUCUUUGUGUUGUUCUUUUUUGGUUUAUAUUAUUUUAUA